AUGGCGCCGCACAGCGAAGCCGACGAGGAACAGCAGCAGCAGCCCGAGGUGAUCGGCGCCUCCGAGACCAAUGAAAAUGUCGUUACCGCUGAAGAGGAAGAUGUCCGUUCCAGACCUUGCUCCUCCACUUCUUCCACGAGCGAGAUUCAGGCAUCAUGUGACCCGGAGAAGGGUGAUGUCGAGAAGUGUGACAUUGAGAGCGGGAUCCAACGGCGCGGUACCGAUACCAGCAUAUUCAGUCGCUUCACACGGGCGAUGACAGGUCUCAGCUCAAACUCAAAGAGUGAGGACGAAGAUAUUGGACAACAGCCCGAGGACAUCGACUACCACCCCAUGGGUUACCCUCGGCUCGGGGCGUUUAUUAACAGCGAUGAGAACUUCUUAAUGUGCCGCCGGUACGGCCUUCUGCACACUCGUGUCAUGCUGUAUCGGCAGGACGAGCUGCGCGAGCUCGAGGAGAAACUGCUCGGCCUCGACGCCGAGGAUGAGGAUGAGAACCCGAGGAUGCUGAAUUCGCGAGUUCGUGAUGAUCGAAGAGAAAACCAGGAGCGUAGAAAACUGAUCCUCGAGAUUGACGAAAAGCUGAAGGAAUAUGACGACUGCGUGCUCCGCGCACGUGCAAUGGCGCAGCUGCCCCUAACAUCGGACCGCAACUACAAGAGUGUGUCGUCGUACGUGACGAAUAACGGUCCGUUGGUGUGUAAAGAGAGUUCAACGUUCACGGAUCGUCGGCAGGACUUUGUGGCACUGGUAGACCCCAAGGAGGGCAGUUGGUUUGACGGCGCCAUCGAGGACUUGCUGACCGUCAUGCCCUCCCCUCUCGCCCGCCUCGUUUUCUCCGAUCCGGCCCAGCGCCGCAGCACCCGCGAUGGCACCGUCUACUUGUACUCCAAGUUGCGUAUUGACUACUUCGCCCGCAUCCUCAUCGCUCUGCUGGCCGUAGGUCUGCUCAUGGCCCCGGUAGUCGUCCUCUUCCUGCACGAGGAGAGCGGCGGGAUUAAGAUCGCCAUCGUCCUCCUCUUCACCCUGUUCUUUGCCGGCGCUCUGUCCGUGUUCACAAAGGCGAAAAGACACGAAGUCUUUGCUGCCACGGCUGCGUAA